GAGCUAAAUCGAGCGCAUGCCCCUUCCUCGGCUGCCUCGGGGGUGUUCCCGCACCCGCCUCCGCCCCUCCAGUGGCCACCACUAUAGCCGUACCUUGCCGAAGCUCAGGGGGACGCGCUAGACCGCCCGUCCUAACCUGGGAUUGACACGGAGGCUCCGGCUUGUGCUUCGCUUUCAGAAGUCCCUCUCUCUCGCCGUCCCCGCCUCGUCUGAGGGCGGGCCCGGCUCCCCACCCGGAUCGGGGGAGCUCGGGCCCCGCCGCCCCCGCACGUGCCCGUGUCCGUCCUGCCAGCGACCGAGGCCACCAUGGGGAAUGAACAGAGCGCCGAAGCCGAGAGCAGACCUCACGACCUGAGCUCCUCAGUGACUCCUCCCACCAAGCAAAAGGCCAAGAUGGACGACAUUGUUGUGGUGGCCCAAGGAACCCAGGCCUCCCGCAGUAUCAGCAGUGAUCCAGAUGUCAUCAAGUUACAAGAGAUUCCCACCUUCCAGCCCCUUUUGAAAGGGCUUUUGAGUGGCCAGACAUCUCCUACAAAUACCAAAUUGGAGAAGCUAGACUCUCAACAAGUUCUUCAACUCUGUCUCCGAUAUCAAGACCAUCUUCAUCAAUGUGCAGAAGCGGUUUCCUUUGAUCAGAAUGCUUUGGUCAAACGAAUCAAAGAGAUGGACAUUACUGUGGAGACGCUCUUUGGCUACAUGCAGGAGCGACAGAAAAGGUAUUCUAAGUAUGCCGAGCAGAUCCAGAAGGUCAAUGAAAUAUCCUCUAUUCUACGCCGUAUACAAAUGGGCAUUGAUCAGACUGUACCUCUGAUGGAAAGAUUGAACAGCCUGCUUCCUGAGAACGAAAGGUUGGAGCCCUUUAGCAUGAAACCAGAUCGUGAGCUCAAGUCAUAGUUGUUUCCAUUUCCCAGGACUGGCCACUGAGAUUUUUUUCCAUGGAGGGAUAGAAACCAAUACUGCCCAGAGAAUAUUUGGAACCGUUAUACCACUAUCAGGCAAGACUUGGCUUUUCAUUUGAUUUCCUGCUCUCCAUGAUGGGAAGAGAAGCAAUCCAAAUAGGGACAGGACUCCCUGAUCUGGAGUCAAGGGGAUUGUUCCUACUUGGUGUGAACCAGAUUUUUUCAUCUUACAGUCUGAAAGUCUUGAAGGCCAGCAUCAACUAUGUUACUAAAACAUAAACCAUUUAGUCCUUGUCGACUCUUCAAAGAACUCUGCCCUAGAAAUUCUUUGUUGCUGUUACUGUCAUCAUAUGAGUUAAGUGUGUUGAGUCUAGUUCCAGAUAAGCUGAUCCAGUUAAAACAGGAGAACUGGAGAGGUUAUUUUCAUGACUUUAGGUAUUUGUCAGUAAAUAACUGUCAAAAGACCCUUUGAUUUAUAGGGUUAUAAAUGAAAAACUUUAAUCCA